AUGCAGCUCAAGUGCAUCCUCUUUCUUGCUUCGGCGCUGACACUGGCCGCGGCGUCCUCAAAGAAUGACAACGGCACGCACUGGGACGCCAACCACAUCCCCGGGCAAAAACACGCGCCGGGGUACAGUCACCGGCAUUCGCACACGCGCUCCCAGACGACGCUCGCAGGGAGCGCUACCCUCGCGCCCGGCGCGCGGGUCAGCUCGAGCGUCGUAGUCUACUCCGCCGAGCGCGUGUACAACACCGUGUCGGACACGGUGCUGACGGCGCAGACGAGCACGGUGACGUGGACGGAGACGCUCGUGACUACGGUGGUGCCUACGAGUAGUGCGGCGAGCGCUGCCGGGUCUGCUUCGUCUGUGACACUGUGUAACGCCUACCUUAUGGUCUCUGCCUAA